AUGGGAGCACUUGAAAAGAUCGCCCAGAUCCAGGAGGAGCUUGCUAGAACCCAGAAAAACAAAGCCACAGAGUACCACAUUGGUCUCUUGAAAGGUAAGCUUGCCAGGUUCAGAAGAGAGCUUCUAGAGCCUCAGCCAGGUGGAUCUUCUGGAGGAGGCCAAGGGUUUGAGAUUGCCAAAGCGGGUGAUGCCAGAGUGUCGCUUAUUGGUUUCCCUUCUGUGGGUAAAUCGUCGUUUCUUUCGCAGGUGACGAAUACGAAAUCUGAGGCUGCCAACUAUGAGUUUACUACGUUGACGUCUGUGGGCGGUAUUCUUGAGUAUAACGGUGCUGAAGUGCAGAUUGUGGAUUUGCCAGGUAUUAUCAAGGCUGCUUCGCAGGGUAAGGGACGUGGUCGUCAGGUCAUUGCUGUUUCCAGAACGUCAGACCUCAUUUUGAUGGUUUUGGAUGCUACCAAGGGUGGUGAACAAAGACAGAUUCUAGAGAACGAAUUGGAGACCAUGGGCAUUCGUUUGAAUAAGGAGAGGCCUAACAUUUCGCUUAAAGUGAAGAAAACUGGCGGUGUCAAGUUGAACUCCAUUACUCCUCCAAAGUACCUUGACGAGAAGAUGGUUACUGCCAUUUUGAAGGACUACAAGAUUCACAACGCUGAUGUGCUUGUGAAGGACGAAAACGUCACUGUUGAUGAUUUUAUUGAUAUCAUUAACGACCAGCAUAUGUCAUACAUCAAGUGUCUUUACGUGUAUAACAAGGUGGACGCUGUGUCUCUAGAAGAGACGGACCGUCUAGCACGUGAACCCAACACGGUUGUCAUUUCGUGUGAGUUGGAGUUGGGUAUUGAGGACUUGAAGGAGGAGAUCUGGCGUAAGCUUGGUCUUGUGAGGCUUUACACGAAGAGAAGAGGAGUUAUGCCUAACUUUGAUGAUCCUAUGGUUGUCAGAGAGAACUCGACGAUUUUGCAAGUUUGCGACGCCAUUCAUAGAGAGAUGAAGAACCAGUUUAGAUACGCGUUGGUUUGGGGAUCCAGUGCAAAGCAUUCUCCACAGAAGUGUGGAUUGCAGCAUCCAGUGAACGAUGAAGAUGUCGUUCAAGUCGUGACGAAGUAG